CUGUGGGCGGGGUUUGGAAGGGCUCUGAGUGUCACUGGCAGAAGAGCGCGCCCUGCUUGCCGCUGCGCGCUUUCGUUGGGUGGCAAGGACAGAAGCGGGCCGCAGUGUCUACACUCGCUGGACACACUGAGCUCAGCAGUCCGAGUGGACCUCGCAGGCCCGUGGCGUCAUGAAUCGCAGUGUGGACUCGGCGCGGAGCUUCCUGGAGCAGCCGGAAGCGCGGGGCGGCUAUAAGGCUGCGGUCCUCGAUGGCGAGUUCAGCGACAUUCGGGCUUGCUCAGCCUCCUGGAAGACUGAGGGCGUCUGCUCCACGGAGGGAGCCAGUCAGGUGGGGAACAUGAAGAAGAACCGCUACAAAGAUGUGCUGCCCUAUGAUCAGACAAGAGUAAUCCUCUCCCUGCUCGAGGAGGAAGGACAUAGCGACUACAUCAAUGGCAACUUCAUCCAGGGUGCAGAUGGAAGCCAGGCCUACAUCGCCACACAAGGACCUCUGCCUCACACCCUGCUAGAUUUCUGACGCCUGGUCUGGGAGUUUGGGGUCAAGGUGAUCCUGAUGGCAUGUAGAGAGAUGGAGCAGGGGCGGAAAAAGUGCGAGCGUUACUGGGCCCAAGAACAGGAGCAGCUGAAGAAUGGGCUCUUCUGCAUCAUCCUGGUGAGCUUGGGGGGAGGUGGAACUGGGGUUCUGCAGAAUCUUGGAUGCUGUGGGAGAUUUCAAGAAAGACGCCCAGGGUGGGAAUCCUUUAGGGCUGGAUAUGAAAGGAUGAAGAGUUUUCCCACCUUCUAUGUGUCUUUUGGCACCCUAGUGAUCUUUAUUCUCCUUCACCUUCCCACUUGCUCCACAUACCCAAAGGAGAUGCAGCUGAAUGCAGACAUUAUGCUCAGGACCCUUCAGGUCACAUUCUAGGAGAUACUGAAAGGGGUAGAGGAGUCCUGUUCUGUGUACCAGCUGCAGUUUAUCUCCUGGCCAGACCACGGGGUUCCUAGCAACCCUGACCAUAUACUCACCAUGGUGGAGGAAGCCCAGUGCCUUCAGGUAUCUGGGCCUGGGCCCCUCUGUGUUCACUGCAGUGCGGGCUGUGGGCGAACAGGUGUCCUGUGCGCUGUGGAUUAUGUGAGAUAGUUGCUCCUGACCCAGACGAUCCCACCUAACUUCAGCCUCUUUGAUGUGGUCCUUGAGAUGCGGAAGCAGCGGCCACAGCGGCCUUCGGCUAUACAGACGGAGGAGCAGUACAGGUUUGUGUACUACACGGUGGCUCAGAUGUUCUGCUCAGCACUCCAGAGUGCCAGCCCGCACUAUGAAAAACUCAAGGAGAAUUGUUCUCCACUCUAUGAUGAUGCCCUCUCCCUCCGGACUUCCCAGGCACUCCCUGCCAUACCCCGGCUACUUGGUGGAGUAUUCAGGAGCAUCUCGGUGCCCAGGGCCCCUGCCCUCGCCAUGGCUGACACGUACGCGGUGGUGCAGAAGCGCGGGGCCCCUGAGGUCGCCAGGCCGGAGGCGAGUGGGCGUAGGGUGGAAGCGGCGCCUCUCUACACCCAGGUGACGCCGCGCGCCCUGCGGCCCAGGGCUGACACGGCUGGCGUCGCGACCCGGGCGGAAGACGCACGGCGGGCGCUGACCGGUCACGCUCGUGCCAUCCAAAGCCCAGUCUGGCCCGGCGCCUACGAGGACGUGGCGAAUGGAGUUCAGACCAGUGGACUAGGCUUCAACCUGCGCAUUGGAAGACCGAAGGGGCCCCGGGACCCACCUGCUGAGUGGACCCGUGUGUGAAUGGAGUGGCCACGCCCGCCUGUUGCCCUUCGUUACUGCCUGGACUGCCCUGCCAACUGCCAUUGCUUUUUUAUGCGAAAUGGUGGGAAUGGGAAUCCUGAGCCUGGAUCAAAAUAAAAGUUUCUAAGGGUGGGGAAUGUGGGGACUUUGCCUCAAUGAUUAUGGCAUAAUUGGUGGGGCUGCACUGAGCAGAUUCAAGGAAGACUGUCAGGAAUGGGCCCAACCCCAAGGGGCUGGGCAACUGGGUUCCCCAGUGUGAGGGGGAAGAUGGCUAGAUUGGUCUCCUGGAGACUGCCUCCCAUCACCAGUUAUGGAUUGGUCCAUCCCUGAGUAUCUGAGGUUCUGGUACUCAGACCCUCAGAUGUCCACACGGAGAGAUGAAUGGACCCUGAGAAAGACAGAUGGAUCUGCAGCUACCCAAACAGGUACAAGUCAUGCAUAACCACAGCCAAGUAGGCUGACCCUCCAAUGACAGGCAGACAGAUCCCUGGCCAGAGAGAGAGACAGACUCCUACGUGGGCAGACAGACUGAUAAAUCUCUGACCUGAAAAAACAGAUACCCAGACCUUCAGAGGAGCAGUCCCCCGAUAGGUGGAUGGACCCCCAGCUGGAGAGACAGACUGACCAAUAGCUUGACAGACCAACCUCAGAGAAAUUACCAGACAGACAGUGCCCCCAAAAGACAGACAUGUCCCCUGCCCCAGUUAGAUGUACAGACAGAUGGACUUCUACCUGGACAGACUCGCAGAUAGAUAUAGAUAGAUUUGCAGCUGGACAAACACAAAGACAUCUCAGCUAUGCAGACUGUCAACUAUACAGACCCCUCAUCUCCAGGUGAGCAGAUAGACUGACGGACUUAUUAAUCAGACUCAACUAGCCACACAGACACCAGACACACAGACAGACCCCUGCCUACACAAAUACCCUUGUCAACGAGAAAGACUCCCAACUAGCCAGAUAGGUGGCCAGACCCCACCAACUUCACAGAGCCCACACCUUGGCAAACAAACUGGUGCAUCUCCUGUUGGGUGAGCAGCGAAAUGGCUCCCUACUCUCCCCUCCUACAGACAGACAUCCAGACAGCAGAUGGACCCUCACACAGACAAGCUUUUGGAACCAGGCAAAGCUGUCUCCUAGUUGGGCAGACAGCAGACUGGCAGAUCCUUCAGACAGACUCCCUGCUAGCCAGGCAGAUGAAUCCCUAGCCCUUCAAAUAGAUGGGCCCCCAGCCCCUGAGAUAGGUGGGUAUCCUGUCGGAUGGAUGAACUCCUAGCUGGGUAUUCAGACACCUAGCCUAAUGGAUGGGUGGACUGCCAUCUGGACAGAUGGGGACCCCCAACUAAUCAGACACAUGAUCCCCCAAAUGGACAGGCCCCCUAUAUGAGUACAUCAGCACUAUUCAGAUGCUAGACCCUCAGUCAGUCAGACCUCCCUCUUUGGACAGUCAGACCCUGGCCAGACAGACUCCCCAAACAGACAGAUCCCUGGCCCUUGAGCUGAACAGACACAACAGACUGCCAGCUUAUCAGACAAAUCUGGAAUCAUCUAGACAGACUGCUAGCAUGACAGACAGAUGGGCUGACACACCGAUAGGCAGAUGGACCCACCUCUAGAGUGACUGACAGACUUCUUCCUAAUGAGACAGAUCCUCCAAGUAGAUCCUCCAAGUAGAUGAACUCAGCUGGACCCCAGAUAGACUGACUCCAAGCUUGUCAAGACCCUCUGACAGAUGCACAGACACCUGGCUGUACAGACAUGCAGACCUCCAGCCAGAAAGAUAGCAGCCAGACAGACCCUCAAGAAGACACCCAGGAAGCCAGUCUCCAGCUGGACAGACUUGACAGAUGGACCAUCCAGCCAGAAAGACUAACAGUUUACAUUCAGAUAGACACAACAUCAAACCAUACAUAUCUCUAGCUGGACAGAAAGACGAGCAAAUUUACACAUGAUGCUCCAAAAUUGAUCUUGCUCGGUGAGCCUUCCUCCCGAUAUAGUCUUCUUCUCAAACAGAUCAGUAUCUAUUCAGCAAUGUUAGGUUCAUCCAGGCAGUCUCCAAGUGAUUGCUUCCAAUGCAGUGCCCUCCCCAGGCUGUUGAAAAACUACCCUGUGUCUAUAAUGUGCAUGGUUCACACCAAGGCUUCAACCAGCCACCUGUCCAGCCUCAUACAGUUAUGGUGAGAAUUCAGUGAAAUAGUGCAUAUAAAGUGCUUAGUUCAGGGCCCUGCAUUGUAUUCAGUAUAUGUUAGGCCAUAAUCAGCUCUGGGCCCUGCGUUCAAUAUCAGUCCUGAAACAAGUCAUUUGCCCUUUAGGGGCUGAGAAAAUGAAAAUGAAACUUGUUUUCAUUGAUUUCAGCAAGACUUCCUGGCAAUGACUGUAGGUUGUCAUGGUCUGUAUGGUUCCUGCACUAGAAGCAACUCAACCAAUGGAAAUCAGGAAUUGCAGAGAAACAUAGGGAUUCUCCAGUUUAACAGAAACAGGAAACCCAAGUUCCAGCACCAUUGGGAAUCCAAAGUCUCAGAUGAAUAUUGCAGCUGACAUGGCUAGAGAAAGGUAAGAAGGAGACUCCAGAGCUGCUGGUCGCAGAGGAGAGUUAAAGUGUCAUUUAGAGCUAAAUCAAUCUCAAAACCAGAAAUACUAAGUUCAUUUGACAGUGGAGAUCAGAAGAGGAAAAGCAGUGGUGCCCAGAAGAGAGGGGGGCUAUGACAGAAAGAGGAGGGACAUUUCCCCCCUGAGGGAAAGGAAGCCAAUGCCAAUUAGAGCUUUCUCCUGGAUUGUGAUCUGAGACCAAUACCAGCUCAGCCUAAUUUCCUACCAGAAACCAGACUAUGCGACUAUGGUUGACAGACCCAGGUAAGAUUUUUUAGGGAUUAGAUUUGAGACUGGACUGUUUGCAGUUCUUAGCUGCCCAUUCUGCAUAGAACGAAGAGCAAUCCUGCUGAAAUUGAACAGAACAGGUCUUUGUGACUAGCUGACUGAGAAUAUGCCUGUCAGAAAAGAGAAACGAGUCAGCAUGCAAAGGCAAGAGUAUGCAGGGAGAGCCUGGGCUGGUGCAGUGCAGUGAAUUACUUAAUAUGGCCCUUCUAGCCAUGGUCUUUGUGACUCCCGCACAAUGAUUUGGUGGGACUAUGCAAAUAAGGUACUAGUGGCCCACUAGGGGGAUUGGACAGCUUGCUAAUAAUGCAUAUAAGGUGCAUCGAACCCUUGCAGGGGUGGAGUCAUGCAUAUAAGGUGUAUAGAACUCUAAUGAGGGGAUUGGUCAGUUUUGCCAUCUUAAAGGGAGCCAGUCCCAGAAGUGGAGUGCUGUAACACUGGAGACGGCCAUAGACGGUGAGAAGCAGCAGCAGAGAAAUGAGAGCCAUAACUCUUUUGUGACCUUUCUAGCCAUGGUCUUGUAACUCCCACCCCGGUGAUUGGGUGGGACUAUGUGAUAGAGUAAUUAUGGCCCACCGACGGGAUUGGUCAGUUUUGCCAUCCUGCUGGGCUUGAAAUGAGCCACCCCAGAGCAGAGGCAGGAAGGAGAGGAUCCCGCCACCACCAAGGGAGAACCGCCAGGAGUGGAGAGCAUGUCUUUUAGACCUGGGAUCCCCGUGCUGAGAAGCUCCUGGACCCAGGAGACAGAGCGAGCUGUAACCCUGAAGAUGGCAAGAAGUGGUGGCAGAGAAGCAGUG